UAUGCGAUUGAGGUUAUGUUGACAAGUUAGCUUUGUUGAUAAACUUAAGAAUUGUGAAUUAAAUGAUAGUUUGCAGUGGUAAAAUACGUUACUAGCACGUUUUAGUGGCAUCAUAGAACUGUGUGGUAGUGUGGUAAUCUGAUAUUUUGAAGUGAAAAUCGUAAUCUUAAGUUACCUGUUAAACAAUUAUGUUGUACUUACUUAAAAUUACUUAAUAAUCAUUAAGUACCUAAUUAACGAGUUCCUAUCCAGUGAUUUAUUGUGAUGUGAUGACUAUUAGGCACCUAUCUAAACUACAUGUCUUUCGAGUUUAUAGUUUGUGGAAAGUGAAAAAAUUAGAAGUUACUCCUAAGUAGAUACUUCUUCAGUACAACUAUUUUUGUGAAGACACCUAGUUAAUCUGUGAUAAUAAUGGCAAAUCGAGUAACUGGCACUUGCUGCACGGCGUCAGUGGAGCGAGCUGGGUUGCCCGGCCUCCUUCGAGACUUACAACGCCUGUCUGAAGAUCAAGAUUCUGCAGACAUCGUUUUCCUCCUUGGACCAACGGAAGAAAAAGUCUACGCACAUCGCAUCAUUUUGAUUGCCAGAUGCAAGGGUUUCCAAAACACAAAGCGCGGCGAGGUAUGUCGCAUCGCCGGCUGCAGCGUGCCGUCAUCUAACUCAUCCCCCAUGCCCGUGCGCCUGCCGCACGUCCAGCCAGACACCUUCCGCCUAUUCGUGCAGUACGUCUACACUGGCAAGCUUUUGCUUCAAGAUUCAGGAGUGUUCGAAAUGAUGACAUUAGCAGCUGAUCUGGGUGUUGAAGAUUUACGGUCUGCGUGUGAAGAUCAUGUCACCUCUACUCUGAGCGUGGAGAGUGCGUGCACUCUACUUGCUGCUGCUAUGGAAAUUCAAGAUAGACCAGGAGGCAAGUGUGCAUCUUCUUUCAUGGAGCGAUGCAUUGCAUUCAUUGGGGACAAUGCUGCGGACUGUGUCAAGUCAAAUGCCUUCCUCAACCUGCCAAAGGAAGCCCUCAUCAAGCUCAUAUCUUCUGACUUUCUGUGCCUGGAGGAGGAGGAGGUAUGGCGCGCGGCGCUGGCGUGGGCCAAGCAACGCGCAGGCGUGACGCAGCCGCCGCCGCACUGGGCUGAGGAGGAGCGCGCGCGCGUGCUGGCGCACCUGGCGCCGCUCAUGGCGCACGUGCGCCUGCUGCUCAUAGACAGCGCAGUGUUCGCGGAGGAGGUGGAGCCGACGGGCGCGGUCCCCAUGGAGCUGUCGCUGGAGCGCUACCGCCGCGCCGCGCUCACGGCCGCGCCCGCCGCUCACCGCCACGACCACGACAAGCGGGUCACGCCGCGUUUAGCGGUGAACAUGUUCGCGGGCUCGCUGAUACUGCAGCAAGAUAAGAGUGCGUUCCAAGCCGUCAUCAACAACUGGUGCGGAACCCCAAAACAAUCGUGGCGCCUGAUCUUCCGCGCGUCGACGCACGGCUACUCGUCGGCGGCCUUCCAUGCGGCGUGCGACGGCGUGGCCCCCGUGCUCGUGCUCGUGGCCCCGGCGCGGGGGCCGCCGCUGGGGGGGUACAGCGACGCGGCGUGGGCGGGCGGCACCGCGGCCGGGUACGUGCCCGCGGAGCGCGGCUGCUUGUUCACGCUGGGGGACCCGCCCACCAAGUACCCGCUGCUCAAGAAGGCUGUCGCGCUCUGCUAUCACCCUGAUUGCGGCCCAAUAUUCGGCGCGGGCGCGGACCUGCUGAUCUCGAACAACUGCAACACCAACAGCGACAGCUACAGCAACCUGCACUCGUACGGCGACCCCGCCGCCGGGGCCGCGCCCGUCUCGCUCGCACCCGACUACAACUUCACUGUGCUUGACUACGAAGUAUUCACAUUUAAGAACUAGUAUAAUAAAAUAAUUGCUGUCCUUGCCAAGUUCUAUUUGCUUUACCAAGCGCGGAUCCGCACUACAUCCGAAUCGACCCGUGAAAAUAUAGAGUUAGUCAAAUAUCAAGAGAAAUCGGGUGAUAGACAAGAUUAACUCUUCGUAGAUUCAGAUUAGAUGCAGUGCGUAACCACUCUUUAAGGUAAAGGUAAUAAAUGUUCAACUUGCGUCAAGGAAGAUGCGUUCCUGCGAGAUUUUUCGAUUCGCACGGGUUAUAUGUCAGAGAUUAUAGCAGAAAUGCUUCCGAGCAAUUGCCACUUGGCUCGGUUCACAGAUUAUGAUUGUGUUAUACUCAUAAUAAAUUAUGUACAAAGAACAGUGUUCAAUAUUAGACAAUAUUCUGAAUGUGUUGGGCUGUUCUUCGCAUCUCAUGCUCCCCAGUUAUUUCCGAUUAUGUAUGUUUCAUUAAUUUACGUACUCUUCCUACUUAUUUUUAUAAAACGUGUAAAAUACUUUGAAUACAUAUUGUAAGAGAAUAAA